UCAGAUGCGAAGUAGAGUCUGUGUGUCUUGAGCGGCGCGUCAGAAACCUGAGCCGGAGGUUGGGUUAAGAGCUAGGCCGCGUCGGUGACGAAAGAAAGAGGGUGAACUUAUCUGAAAAAUUCCCAUUCCCGCGAAAAUGCCUUGUCGCGCCUUCCCGGGCCCUCGAGGUGACCCGGUCUGGCCGGCGAGUCGGGAGGCAGAGCUUAUCCUGAUUGAGCCGAAGGCCGGCGUCCUGGCGCGCAGCUCGCUUGUGCUUUGAGGAACUGAAAUGACGGAGCCGGCUUGCCUUAGAGGUGCCUGGAAAGCCAGGUCGAAAUGUCUGUUUGGUCGUUUUAUUGCAUAUCCGACUCUCCGAUGUCGGUUGACUCUUUUCCGUGAGCUCCCUCCUCCACGAUUCUGAAGGGCAACACUCUUGCGUUUCGAGUUUAUUCAUUAUUGCACUUGGACGUUCUGUUUCAAACAUUCUCACCCAUUUCUGCUGUCGUUCCGAAUUUUUUUUGUCAUUUAUUCUGACCGAGUUGAUUGUUUUUAUGACAUCUCAUCUGUGGAAGUAGAGUUGCCCAUAUAAACUUCACACCUGUAUUCCCAAUACAAAUUUCAGGUGUUAAUUACAGCUCAAAUGGUAAAUCACUUUUGCUUAUUUCAAUUUAAAACCCAUUUCUGUUCAUUUUUAGGAAAUAAAUAGCACAGAGGAGAAGAUAGGGAUUUGGUCAUUUUAAAUAGUCAUUCUGAAAAUUACUUUUUUGGGUGAACACCCUCCCCCCCCCCAUUCAGCUCCUCCUAUUUUGGAAUAUCUUAGUAUUUUGUUACCUCAAACCUUGGGCAGUGAUAGCUCCUAUCCCUUGAAACCUUUCUCAGUUUAUAGUGACUUGUUUUUAUCCAUGCCCUUAAGCCACUUUAUUUCUUAUUAGUACUACCACAUUAGCAUAUUCAGAAAUUGCUUUACUCAAGACUCCCCCUUUGCCCUUCAUAACUGUCAGGUUUGAACUUACAGAAUCUCCCUGAUUAUUUUACUUCUGCUCGCCCUUGUCCAUUUGUUUCGAAUAAUACAGCCUAAGGUUUGAAUAGUGGUAAGCUUCUUGAACAGUAAUUCACACAGUGCUUCAUUGAGCUCCCCUGUGGUAGGAGUUGAGUAAAUUUGUUAAGUGACAGUAAAUGGAUCACCAUACCACUUCCUGUCCAAUAGAUAGUUCACUUAUUUCCCUUCCAAUCCCAUUAGGCCUAAGAACAUUUGAAAGAGACUUAAUGGUUAUUAAGUUUCAGGCUGAGUCUUGAAACUUCUUGUCCAAAGCUACUCUCUUCACUUUCUACCUAAUUCUGACUCCUGUUGCGAAAUAGGGAUUUCAGAAGUCAACUAAAAGUUCCUAUACUUUUCUUGUUCUUUGUGACCUUAGUGUCCCUGGGUUUGUUUUUUUCAACGUCUCCAGGGCAAAAUAAAUACCUAGCACUACUACUCAUAAGUAGUUUAGUCCAGAGAAUUUAAGUAUUUAUAUCCUAGCAACUUUAGUUAAUAAUACACAAACUGAAAGAAAAAAAUAAUAUUUGUGUUUAAUUUUUAGUUAACCAUGAGUCCUUACUAAUGGAAUCUGUGUACCUGUUGAGUUCUGUACAACUUAUCAAGCCUUGACAUAAGAUUCGACAUCACCAGCUUCAUUUUCUGUUUAACUAAUUUUCUUCAGUGCCACAAAAAUCUCAGCUUCACAAAAUUAUGUUGUCAUUGAAAGGGAUGUAGUGCAAUCUACUCAGCUGAAACUGUGCUCUACUUGAACCUGUAUCUGUGAUAUCUUCCAGAUAUCAGAUGUCAUUAUGCUUCCCUUAAAAUUUUAGAAUAUCCUGCUGUGCCUGUGUGAGUUUGUUUUAGUGCCCAGCACACAAUUUGGGAACCAGGGCUAUAGAGUAAGGAUCAGAAUAGAAAAGGAACUUGUAUGCGCCCACUUCAUUUGUCAGUUUUAAUGCCAGUAGUGACUUUUAUGGUAAGAUUGUUAGAAGUGUUUGGGGUUAUAGUUAGUACUCCCACAUUAGUAUAUUAAAGAAUUCAUAUUACUAUAUAUUAAUUAACAUUGUUUUCAUGAGAUCUUUUUAAAACACCUAGUUGAUCACUGAAAUUAAAUGGUUAGCUUCUGGUUAAAAUUCUUUUAAAGUGUUUAUAAGUAAUAUCAAAUUUUUACCAUUUCAGUGUUCAUUCAUGAAAUUUUACCAUCUAUUUAAGUAAUUAAAAAUGGAAAGUUCUGCAAAAGCAGAGGAAGGAGAACAGAUCUCCCUUGAAGAAGCAAAAGUAUCAACAAAUUCAGUAACAGAGUCUUCAUUCAGUACAAAUGAAAACACAACCACUCCUGGGACUGGGCUUUUUGAAAAGGCUCCUACCUGUGGGCAAGUAGACACCCCCCAAAAAAGAAAAAUGGAGUUUGCAGAUGAUCUUGUAAAAGAGAGUUCCAGCUGUGGGGAAGACACUCCAUCCAAGAAAAGGAAACUUGAUGCUGAAAUUGUCUUAGAGGAAAAAGGUUCAGGUGAAGGCAUUUCAAGGAAAAGAAUGGAAUCCGAUGAACCUUCUCCUGCAGAUGGCACUCAGAAAAAGAGAAAAAGAGAACUUGAAGAUGUUUCUGAAAAGCAAAAAAAUUUAGAAGAAGGGCACAGCUCAACAGUGGCUGCCCACUACAAUGAACUUCAGGAAGUUGGUUUGGAGAAGCGUAGCCAAAGUCGUAUUUUUUACCUAAGAAAUUUUAAUAAUUGGAUGAAAAGCGUCCUCAUUGGGGAAUUUUUGGAAAAGCUGCGACAGAAAAAAAAACGUGACAUUACAGUUUUGGACCUGGGAUGUGGUAAAGGUGGAGAUUUGCUCAAGUGGAAAAAGGGAAGAAUUAACAAGCUAGUUUGUACUGAUAUUGCUGAUGUUUCUGUCAAACAGUGUCAGCAGCGGUAUGAGGACCUGAAAAAUCGUCGUGAUAAUGAAUAUGUUUUCAAUGCAGAAUUUAUAACUGCUGAUAGUUCAAAGGAACUUCUGAUUGACAAAUUUCAUGACCCAGAGAUGCGCUUUGACAUCUGCAGUUGUCAGUUUGUCUGUCAUUACUCGUUUGAGUCCUAUGAGCAGGCUGACAUGAUGCUCAGAAAUGCUUGCGACAGGCUUAACCCUGGAGGCUAUUUUAUAGGUACCACUCCCAAUAGCUUUGAACUGAUAAGACGCCUUGAAGCUUCAGAAACGGAGUCAUUUGGAAAUGAAAUAUAUACUGUGAAAUUUCAGAAGAAAGGAGAUUAUCCUUUAUUUGGCUGCAAAUAUGACUUCCACUUGGAAGGUGUUGUGGAUGUCCCAGAAUUUUUGGUCUAUUUUCCGUUACUAAAUGAAAUGGUGAAGAAGUACAAUAUGAAACUAGUCUACAAAAGAACAUUCCUGGAAUUCUAUGAAGAAAAGAUUAAGAACAAUGAAAAUAAAACGCUGUUAAAACGAAUGCAGGCCCUGGAGGUCAUUUCCUAAAGCCGUCAGCCUUCAGCUGGCCCAGAGUUUCAGCAGUAGAACCAGUACAACUUUGCUCUGCUCUCCUGGAGCAGUGUAGCAGAUGGAAGGAAGAAUGAAAAGACAUAAGCCAAGGAACUAUAGUUAUAAAGUCCUGACACCUGUUUUCUUUUUUCUCACCUGGAAACAGUUCUGGAAAGGUAACUGCUUUGAGGGGAGACACUGAAUAGGAUGUGUACAUUUUAGCAAAUUUAGAAAAAACAGUUUUGCAGCUUUAUAAUCAUGUUGUUUGGGCUUUUAAAAUGAUCAACAGGGGAGUAAAACUAGGUGUUUGUUGACAGGGAAAUAAUCACAAGAAGUAGUCUUAUUACACUGAUAAGAUGGAGAAAAAAUUUACAACAAAAUAGUUUGGCUGACGUUCAAAUUAAGGUUUUGAAGCUUUGUGAUGCAAUGAAACUGCAAGAUGUGGAUUGAAGGUUCAGAAGAACUUAGUGAUUGCAAGCGAUGUUUCUUAGAUCUUGUGUUAAAGUGCAGUAAAGAGUAUAGUUGCUAAUGGUAACUAUGGAAAUCCAGAAAGCCAAAUACUUUUUAAACAGCAAACAAAUAGCUAAAUUUUAUUGCCUCUGCUCACUGUAGGAUAUUUAUAAAGAAAAAGGAAAAAGAAGAUAGGCAAGUAGACAUUCCCAGAUCAUUUUCUUCAAAAUUCAUCAGGGACAUCUAGGCCUAAAGUUGUUUCUUGCUGGCUGGUUUGUUUUAAGAAGACAGACAUUAUAAAGAAUAUAUAAUUUUAUAGAGUAGAUAGUGGUUAUAGUAAAUUUUCUAUGUAAUUUAUAUUUUAAUUUACAUGUAUUUACAAAGCACUAACCAUAGUAUAAAGAUAAAUUAGUUAAAAUGGAUUAUAAAUAGUGCUCGAGGUAAUUUGAAUAAGCAUUUGGUCAGCAUACCCUUAAAAACACCUGUUUUUGAAGGAUCUCCUACCCUUUGGGACAGCAUGGAUGGAACUGGAGAGU